GCGCAGUCUUGCUUUUCAUAGGCGUGUGUCAACUGUGUGUGCCAAGGGCUGCUCCGCUUACUAAUGCGAUUAAUGAACACAACGAACCAACUGAAGGAACACUAAACAAACACCCUGAUUUUCCGUUUCGUCUGUUUUAAUACGGACAAGCUGCGUGUCUGCAAGGAAUCAAGCCUCUGCACGAGCACAAAGGAACAUUAAAAACGAAGCAAAGGUGGUUUGUGGAAUGUCACAACUUCCUUAAGUGAUCCAGCACUUUACCCUCAGCUUAAUCACCUGACUGAAAUCCUGCUAUCUGAUUGGAUCAUCUUUUAAGACAGACAAGCUCGACUCAUGCAGAAUCACCUACUUGACUCACUCUGUCUCAAUGAUCUCCUCAUGCCUGCGCUAUUGUGAUCAGGCAAUUUUUUGGACAGAAUCAGCAAAGUUGACAGAAUUUAUGCAACUGUGAAAAGUCUGACUACUCGAGACUAGUGCUGGGUUAACUGAUCUCGAGUGAAAAUCUCUUUGGUCUUGCGUAGCCAUCUACCCUCUUGAACACCAGUGACAGCCAAAGCUUUUCCACCACUGCUCCUCUCCUGAAAGGAUAACAGUGGUGUUCAGUCUACUCUGGGUCAUGCUGUGUGGCUGACUCCUAUGCUCUAGCUGAAAUGAGGUUGGUGAUUUUGGGGUCGCGGCCCCUCUUGGCCUUGACCUUCAUGCUCACCCUCACCUGCCUAAAACAUCUGUGCCAUGGUGCGCCGCCCUUCCCUCAGGACCUGGAGCCCAUCAGCACCGUCGGUAGUGAACGCACGUACCUGUACCCCAGUUUCCAGGGGAACAUGUCAGAUAACGACACCGCCAGGCUAGGACUGGAUUUUCAGAGGAUGCUGCGGAUUAAUCACAUGGUCUACAUUGCUGCAAGAGAUCACGUUUUUGCCAUUAACCUCAGUGCUUCAGCGGAGCACAUCGUCCCCCAACAGAAACUGACAUGGAAGACAAAGGAUGUGGAGAAAUGCACAGUCAGGGGGAAAAACAGCGAUGAGUGUUACAACUACAUCAAAGUGCUGGUGCCACGUAACGAUGAAACACUCUUUGCGUGUGGAACCAAUGCGUUCAACCCAACAUGUCGCAACUACAAGAUGUCGUCUUUGGAGCAGGACGGAGAGGAGGUGGUCGGUCAAGCCCGUUGCCCUUUCGAAUCCCGCCAGUCCAACCUUGGCCUGUUUGCCGGCGGUGACUUUUAUUCAGCCACAAUGACAGAUUUUCUAGCAAGUGAUGCAGUGAUUUACCGAAGUUUAGGAGAAAGCAGUCCUGUCCUGCGUACCGUGAAGUAUGACUCAAAAUGGCUUCGAGAGCCUCAUUUUCUUCAUGCCAUUGAGUACGGGAACUACAUCUACUUCUUCCUCAGUGAGAUUGCAGUGGAGUACACCACCCUUGGCAAGGUGGUGUUUUCUCGGGUCGCUCGUGUGUGUAAGAAUGAUAAUGGCGGUUCUCCAAGGGUUCUGGAGCGCUACUGGACGUCUUUCCUGAAAGCCCGAUUAAACUGUUCGGUUCCGGGCGAUUCGUUUUUCUACUUUGACGUCCUUCAGUCAUUAACCAAUGUCAUGCAGAUCAACCACAGACCUGCAGUGUUAGGCGUCUUUACCACUCAAGCCAAUAGCAUCACCGGUUCUGCCGUAUGUGCGUUCUACAUGGAUGACAUAGAGAAAGCAUUCAGUGGAAGGUUUAAGGAGCAGAGAAACAGCGAGUUGGCCUGGACGCCAGUUCCUGAUGAAAUGGUGCCCAAACCACGGCCGGGGUCCUGUGCUGGUGAUGGCCCUGCUGCUGGUUAUAAGUCCUCCACAGAUUUCCCUGAUGAAACUCUUACAUUCAUUAAGUCUUAUCCACUAAUGGAUGAGGCCGUACCAUCUGUCAACAACCGACCCUGUUUCACACGAACCACUAGCAGGUUCAAGCUGACCCAGAUUGCUGUGGACACAGCAGCUGGCCCAUAUAAGAACUACACGGUUCUGUUUCUGGGUUCGGAAAAUGGACGCGUUCUGAAGAUUCUCGCCAGCACGCAUCCAAACUCCACCUACAGCACGCAGGUUUUGGAGGACAUAGAUGUUUACAACCCCAACAUGUGUAAUGCACGUGGUGAGGACCGGAGGAUUUUGGGAUUGGAGUUGGACAAGGACCAUCAUGCCCUGUUUGUGGCGUUCUCAAGUUGCGUGAUCCGUGUUCCACUCAGUCGCUGUUCUGACUAUGGCGAUUGCAAAAAGAGCUGUCUGUCCUCGCGAGACCCUUACUGCAUCUGGCUGAGCGUGGGGAACUGUGCCUCAGUGGCGCCGGGAUUCAAGUCUGGAUUUGAGCAGUAUGUGGAGAGUGGAUAUCCUGAGUACCCAGACAGCUGUCAUGAUGUCUUGGCCACAACUCGCAAGCAGAACCCUGCAGUGGACUCGGCAUACGGAAAUACCUCACCCACAAGCGCCAGCACAACCAAUCAGGGACCAGCUCUGCCUAAAAUCAAGGGUGUCUCUGAGACAGGUACCCGCCCCGAGGAGGGGAGGCGGGGAGGGCAGGGUUCUCCUGACUUGAAGCCAGGCAGUGUGGAGAUGGAGGGAGUGCGUCGACUCCCUGAGGUAGAUAAGUCCAACCACAGUGUUCACUACACUCUGCUCAUUGCGUGUGUCCUGGUGGCGUUUGUCCUGGGAGCUUUCCUCUCUGGAUUUCUCGUUUCCUGUUACUGCAACCACAAUGUGAACAAGACCAAAAGGCUGUCGAAAGAUUCAGAAGCACCAAUCCCACAUGCUCUAUCCUUGCGCAGCCUGGCCAAGUUAAAUGGCUUGCUGGAGAGCCAAAACAAGGAUGAGAAGCUGGAGGUAUCCUCCCCCAAACUCUAUAACUCUUUCUUUGCAAAUGGAAAAGAGCAGGUGCAUCACAGGAAUGGCCAUCAUGCUGCCAUGACCGAACUCAUUCACCCACAUCAUCACAGCUCCGCAGAGCUCUCUGGCCUUCCGACGCCUGAUUCGACACCAGAGCUCCCGAUCAAGAGUAUGAAGGCCUUCAAGAACCAAUGGGAGAAGAAUCAAAACUGUAAUAACGCUAAAGAACCCAAGUCCCAUAACAUGGGAGCAUCUCGUCCGACCACUGGGAUGCAGCAUCAGGUUUUCCCCUUCUCCCAAGGACUGACCAACGGACAAGUACUAGGUAGCUCAGCACACAUGGAGGAACGCAAAGUUCACAGUGCGGAGCGUGUGGCAAGCCAGCCGUAUCACUGCUACCCACACAAGAUUGUGGAUGUCACCUCGCUUGAUGAGCUUCUGAAACACAUCCAUGAAAUCAAUGUGGCUACGGGCAGGAGUCCCACUGUCCUCACCUCAUCCAUGUCAGCCAACGCUGGACAGAUGGCGUUCGCAAACCGCGUGCAGCCGCAGAUCCCAGAAACAGAGUCUGCGCCAUACUAUAGUUCCUCCACUCUUCCUCGGGACAGUCUUACUCGCCGCAUGGAUGUCCCACCAGAGAUUCCUCCUCAUCAUCAAUCCACUCUGGAGAGAGUGUCCCGUCACCAGUCUCAGCGCCACUCUUUGAUAACCACUCCCAAGAUGCCCAGUGGAGGUGUGGUGCCACGGCAGCAUAGCUUCAACCAACGCAGCGCCCAUCAGCCCCUGCUGCUCUCCCGAAUGAAUUCUAACGGCAGCAGUUCGGGUUGCGAUAUACGGCACCCACUCAUCCCUAAUGGAUACCUAACUCGCCAGCAUAGCUACAGCGAGCAGCCAGAUGUCCACCGUGGAGCUAUUGUCCGUCGGACAGCCUCACUCAAGCCCGACGUCCCACCCAAACCACUGUUCAUCCCUGCUAGCUCGCCUGUGAACCAGGCAGGGAAGUUCAACUACUGAACGACAGAGAAGAAAAGCCUGUGGUUUUUCAUAAAAAGCUACUUGACCUCUCAGAACCAACUGUGGUCUACAAUAGUUAAAAGAUUGGACAAAAAAAACUUGCCUUUAUGGGGGAACUAAAAAAAUCCUCUGGAGUUUGGCUGCCAGUGUUGACGAUUUUACAUUUGAACUAUGACCUGUUUUUCUGUUUCAUUAAUAUAUUUGUACCAUAUUGGUAUUGUUCAGCUAUUGGCCAUUAGGAGAAAAGGAGUUACAGGAGUUCACCUAGAUUUAGGCUGCCACAGUGAUAAGUGUGUGGCUUUACAAUGUUUCUUUGGACUGUACGGACAGGUGUCACUGCUCCGAAUCUCUGGACCUGAACUUUUAUCCGAACAAGUGUACACAACUUGUUUGAUAUUCUGAUCUUUCUUGCUUUGGCUUAACUAUUCCAUUGAUGUAGAGUUGAUGAACUGUGCUGAUCCCAAUUAGAAAUGUGUAUAUAUAUAUAUAUGCAUGCAUGUGUAUGUGUGUGUGUGUGUGUGUGUGUAUAUAUAUAUAUAUAUAUAUAUAUAUAUAUAUAUAUAUAUAUAUAUAUAUACAGUAUGUAUAUGUAUGUGUGUGCAUAUGCAUACCUAGUGUAUGUAUCUAAAUAACUGAAAUGGUUUAGCCCCCUCAACAAGUUAUUUUGCCUUAUUUUGCAAGCAGAUGUGUUGUUGAAAUGCCCACACAACCUGAAAUGAUCUCUGUAAAAUCCAUAAGCAAUAAUCUCCACCCCAUCCUGUCCACUCUAGUGUAAUGCAGUUACAACAAUUCAACUCAAACUCAAUAAAGUUCAAAUUCUGAUUAUUAAAUAUGGCUAGAGAUACAGUUACAUCUGAAUGCACGGUCCCAAGUGAGGUGAAUCAGGCUGUUAUGAAGUGUUAUGAAGGAGAUGUAUGUAUAUAACUAAGAGGAAUGUAUUAUUUCUCUAUAUGCUGCAAGAUUAGUGUGAGGUGCUCCAGUAUUUACACUCUGUCUCCUUUAUUAAAAUCAUUUUAAUAAAAUGUCCUAAACAGGCAGUUAAACCAAAAAAUCUCUGUAAACCUUAAUGGGUUAGUUCACCCAAAAACCCAUAAAUUACUCACCUUCAAGUCAUCCUAGGUGUAUAUGACUUUCUUUUUCAGACGAAUCCUGUUGGAGUUAUAUUAAAAAUUGUAUUUGAUCUUUCAAGCUGUUUAAUGGCACUCAGUUUGUGUUGCAGUGCAUCAGUCCAAAAGACGAGAAAUAAAAAGCACCCGUCCAUAAAAAAAGAGUGUCUCACACAGCUCCAGGGGGGUGACCAAAGUCCUCCGGUAGUGAAUCGAUGCAUUUUUGUAAGAAAUUUUAUCUUUAAAAAAUUGAUAAUUUAAUCUAACUUGUGUUCACUGUUGUAAAUGGAAGCAGUUCCAGGUGGAUGACAUAUGAGAUAUGCCGCUCAGAAGUGACGAAAGAGAGAGAUCAAAAUAAAAAAACGGUCACUAAUUAGUACAAAAUGAGAAUUUGUAAAGAAGAAUGUCAGAGGAUUUAGAUAUAAGCAAAGAGGAGACUUAUUUGCCAAGAGGAGCCAAAGGAGAGGUUCUCCUUUUCUAAGGUAAGGAAACUUUGCUUCCUUUGUUUUCAUGAGACUCACCAGCGUAUGCACAUCACCGACCUCACGUCAUCCUUCUGGAGCUGCUUCCAUGUACAACUGUUGGGACAAGCUACAUUAAAGGGAUUUAUAACAUUUUGAAUAUGAAUAUUUUUCUUGCAAAUACAUAUUGAGGAGUCCUUUGUUCACCCCCCAGAGCCGUGUGAGACACUUUUUAAUAUGGAUGGUGAACUAACCCUUUAAGUCCCGGACCACUUUCUGUGUUCAAUUGAUACAGUCCCACUCACACUGAUUGGUCGUAACUUCUGCCCCAUAAACAUCAAAUACUUGCUGAUUGCUUCUGAACGUGUCAUGCCACAGAGCAGUUUGACACACUGAAACCGUUUGCACAUGGACAGGACACGGCGUAAUAAUGUCUGACUUUCGUUAUUCCUAUACUAUGUUAAAAUGUAUCGAUAUUAACACUAAAACUGUUUUGUGUAAAUAGAUGAACAAUAACUAGCCAAAUUUUAAUUGUGUAAAUUUGUGCCUUAUUUAAUAUGAUGUGUUAAAGGGGGGUGGCAGCAGAGUGGAAGAGAGGACAAGAAAAGGGCAGAGAGGCCCUAAUUUAUCUUUUUAUUUUUAAUAUUUGUAUUUUUUUUAAGCUUGGUUGUCUGUAUAUCAUAACUGUUGUAGAUAUAUAUUUCUAGAUACUUUUGAUAUCCCCAGGCUGUGUGUCGCUUUUGUAUUUGGAACAACAUCUAUAUGGUUUUCUCUCCAAAGCGCAAGUCUAUCUAUCUAUCGUUCUAUCUAUCGUUCUAUCUAUCUAUCUAUCCAUCGUUCUAUCUAUCGCUCUAUCAUCACUGUAUCCUAUCUGUUGCUAUCUGUCGAUCAGUCAUUCUAUCGAUCGUUCUAGCAAUCUCUCAUUCUAACUAUCGCUCUAUCACUCUGUCUAUCCUGUCUAUUGUUCUAUGUAUUUCUCUUUUGUUUUCUUUCUCUUUUUGCUUGCUUUCAUGUUGAACUCCGUCCUCACUGACAGGUUUGUUCUGAGAUGUAUGAAGUAAGAAACAUGAACUUCUAAAGUGCAGCAUAUCUUCAGAUCUUAUGUUUAAUGGCGAGAGCAAGACUUCUUAGGCUUUGCACUCUGUUUGGAGGAGAGACGUGUGUGUGUGUGUGUGUGUGUGUGUGUGUGUGUGUGUGUGUGUGUGUGUGUGUGUGUGUGUGUGUGUGUGUGUGUGGAGACCAUAUCAGUUGGAUGUAGUUCAAACACAUACCUCCCUUUGCUUUUUCCCAGUACUUCAGUCUGGCAGAGUAACUCAGAACCGUUCGUCUGCUCAAAGUCAUCAUCAUCAUCUUCAGUCUGUCUAAUGAUGUGUCGGCUUUUGCAUACAUUUUUGGUGCUGGACAGUUUUUAUCAUGUACUCUUGAAUUAACCUUUCAAUUCGGCUACCUGUAACUGUGUGCUCUGUUGCCCCAUGCAAAACCAAAUGCAAUGUCAUUUUAAUAGACUGCCUCCAACUCAUAUGCCUCACAGGUGGAAAAAGGACUGAGGGUUGAAUCCCUGCACCGUACUCGACGGAAAUCUAGAGCAAGUAAACAGAGUGGAAAGAGACUGGUGUAGUUUCUUUGAAUUUCCAUAGAUAUUAUGAUGGAAAGGGAACUGUGUGUGUCUGCUUUAACCAUUGACGUUUCUGUUAUUGCACAGUGUAAAUACAGUCCUGGAGUUUCCCAGGAUUCAGUGCUCCGUUAUGAUUACUAUUGGGAUUCUUCACCUCUGCUUUUAUGGAAUACUGUUGUAUUUUCCUUAUAACAGAAAUAAAUGAGAGAUCAUAACAUGCA